UCCAUGUGCCAAAAAAUGCAAAAGUUUAUGUUCUAUUUGUAAAGUUUCAUACUUAAUGACCCAAUACAAGCAAUGUAUAUGAAUUUAUACGAUACAUAAAAAAUGUAUAUAUUGAUUUAACGAGCAUUUUGCCGAGCAUUCUUCAGACAAGGAACAAUCAGAAACAAUUAUACACACAUACAGAUGCUUUACAAUGGAUUACAAUAAAAUGUCAACUUUGAUAAGAUCGUCUUUAUUGCGAGAGUUCAUCUAUUCUCUCCGAAACGAUAAUCGCAAGAUACGCUUAUGGGAAAAUCGCGCCCUGUGGGUAGGUGUAUAGUCCUGUCACUCACGCAUAAUUUGCGUAGCUCUAUUAUGUCUUCUUAUUCAAUCAGAAUACAUAACGUCAAAUCUUAAUCCCGCCUCGUUCAAGGCAGCUUUGGAGAGAGAAAGAGAGAGGAAAAGUCAUCUAUCAAUCAAUAAUUUUUACGAUUAGCGCAUACCGUGAAGAUAGCCCGUGCACUGCCACAGUCAUUAUUACGUAACAACGGAAUUACACAGUUAAACAUCCACUGGCUAGCGCGCAUCUGUCUUUAUCAAGCGACGAGUGGGCCGACGAUCGGAAUCCGGUAGUUUCGUACGCUAUUGCGUAUAACAAUCCGAACGCCUUUGAUUGAUUUCCUUGCUCGAAGCUAAUGAGCAUCGCGCCCAAGCUAAAUCAACGCGGCCGGGAAAACAGCGGAUCCGAAACGAGCUCACGAUCCUCAAUCUGAUUGCGUAAUUUCUGGAUGCGCGAUGACAGAGUACUAUUACCGAUCGCCGAUUAUCAUUGCGUGUCUCGAUAACAUAAAGGCACCCGAGUGCGUUCGUGCGGGGACAUGUAUAGGGUGUACCGAUGUACAUGUACGCGUGUCAUCAAAAAACAAGUAUUUAAAAAGAAAAUUUAUAAAAUUUGACACUAAAGUUUAGCUAUCAUCCUUAGAUUUAUUAUCGUUCAUUUAUUAAUAAUAAAAUUUUAAAAUAAAUUAAUACAACACGAUAAAAAUCAAUUUACGUAAAAUGAAGAUGUCUAUUUAUGCAAACUUUGGCUGUGAUACCAAUAAUUACUUGAGCAAAUUUCAACAUUCGUGACCACCAAGGCGCAAGGCGCACAGCUGGACCCACGUUUGAAGGCGCUACAAAUUGCCUCGUUAGAUUAGAGGGAAGAACCCUUGGGGUUCUAAAUGAACCUUGUAUUUGAAAACACCCCGUACAUAACGACGCACGGUUCGGUAGUUGAUUAGAUUUAAAGGAAUGCUCCGUCACCUGUGCACCGUUGAAAGGAGACUAGGCCCCGCAGGAGCGACAGCAGUGGGGAGUCUUGUGAGAGGACGGUGGAAGAAGGGAGGGAUACGGACUGGAUGAUGAGGAGGCAGGGUGAAGGGAUAGGAGGUGCCGGAGUGGUGCCCGAUCGUGAGCAACGAGGGGCCCGGGCACGAGGCCCCAGCGAUCACUGACCGCUUUCGCCGAUCCCUGCCGCCAACUAGCCACCUUUCAGCGGCGCAGCCAUUCGGGCAUCCUCCUGCUUAAGGUCCAUUCACAUCGCGUCGCUAAUCAAACCUGACAAAAAAGAAGCGUUCACGGUGCUCAUGGGCCCCGUAAAAUUGUAGAAAUUGCCUUUAUCGGCAUGGGACCGGCUGCCGCGAGAUUAAAAGUGGAAUUUAUGUACUUGCCGAUAAUGGAAUGUCCAAGUCGUUAGGAUUAAGGAUGACGAUGUUUAAUCUUCGCGUAUAAGGGCCAUCGAGGCACCGGAUUAAAUCCGAUUCGCAAAUUUCACGUCGCGAUGGAUAAUUAGAAGUACACUCACCUCAUAAAUUCAGCGCCCGUAACGAAAUGCCCCGCGAAUUAAAAGUGAUCGGCAUAAUCCCGCGCUUUUAGCGGAUUAAAUCACGAUUACGGGCGAGGCGAUAAGGUGCUCGAUACGAUAUAUCUGUAUCGUCUGUUUGUGCGGCUACCGUAAUUGGCGAACGUAAUACCGGCCAAAAAUUACGUACCCAAUGGAAGCCGACGGAAAUAAUCUCGGCGAAUGAAGCAACUCUUUCCCGGAAGAACUCGAGAUAUCUGUUUAAUGAGAAAGUAUGGCGCGAAUGACUCUCCGGAUAAUCGAGGUAGUUAGCAGGUUGCAGUUUCGUUUUACAGCGCAUGAUACAUGGUUAAUCCGCAAAACAUCGGACACUUGGGAAUAAUAUUACAGCCGCUUUUAGACGGCUAAAAUGCAGUUCACUGCUGGCAAUUACCAGAGUGAGAGGAAACCGGCGGAAGAGUGAAAUAUAAUACUGAUUUAAGCCUCGCGGCCUUGGUAAGGCACUCGUAACAACGAUCAAUGGACAUGGCAAAACACGUACUUAAUUGUGAAAUCGAUAGUCUACUCACAUUAACGGCGAUAACAACAGCGAAAACGGAAUUUCAAAUAUUUUACUGUUCUUUGCGAGUAAAUUAUUGCACACGUCUCGAUGUGAAAAGAGUAUAGGGAUAUAUUUAUCCUGAAAUGCAUUUUAUGGUAUACGCAGAUUAUUUUCAACCGACGUAAAUUUAUAAGACAUUGAGAAAUAUGAUAUACGUAUUUUUCUGCUCUUUCGGUAGAUACGAUAAUCGUGCUCUUCUUGUGCAUAAUAACCAAUCUCGCGAGAGAAAGUUAAAAGCCAAAAGUCAGAAGUCACGUAGAUUGCCCUGUCAAGUACGUGUACGCACGGUAUACAUUAUAUACAAAUAUUUUUCAAACAUUAAUAUAAUGUUCUGUGUACCUCUACUUCCUCAAAUAAAUUAAACGAUAAUGUAAUACAAAUAUUUAAAAAUAAUUAGAUACGUAUCUAUUUCCAGUUUACGCAUUUAAUUCUGCUGUAUAAAUUAUCUGAUUAUUAUUUCAAUAAUUAAGCUCACGUAUCGUAACUGUUAAUUUGUUAAUGCAAAUCGACAUAAUUCUAUAUAAUAAAUGAUGCGAUCAUUUAUAAUCGCUGAUGAUCAUCAAGUUCCAGUUCAAUGCGAAUGCUGUUUAUGGUCAUUUAAAUUCCGAUGAAUGAAAACUGUUGGAUCGCUGAUGUAAACGAUGAUGAUGUAUCUAAAGGACCCUUUGCCAAUGGGGAACUCUACUUUGAGCAGGUAAAGGUAACAAAUCACUUUUCAACGAUGGAAGGCCAAACUGCUAAACACUAUUUUCUGAAAGACGGACUUCCUGGUAAGCGACCACUUGACGUGGCAUUGUACACAAUUCUGAGCACAAUGCAUCCACUCGUUUCACACUUAAUAGGAUAAAAAUGUCCGGAACUCAAAUUUUGUAUAAAGAUUGGCAUGCUAUGAUGUAUGGAUAUGAAUGAAGAAACUUAAUUUUCUCGACAAACGUGAUAAAAUAUUUUGGAUGAAAUAAACGAUAAAUCACACGAGCGCAUGUUGCAACGCGUAAGUAAUAAUGUGCAAAAAUUAAUUCGUAAACCGACGCGACAUGCGUUUUUAUCGUAAGCUGAUGACCACGCGAAACGGAGAGAGAACGCGACGGAAAUCUACAAAAAGUAUUUGCUAAGCGCGAGACAACUGGAAUACGAACAUAAACGGAAUUCGCACAAAGGCAUCGGGCAAACAUUCUUUUUCGAGGUCUCAUUCUACGUGACAGAAUCGUAGAAACGAUGUGAGAACAGAUGACGGCGCGGCGAGGUUUCGCGGAUGGAUCGAACAGCAAUACGACGAAAGAAUAGAGAGGAAGAGAGGAGAAGAGGGAAAGAUCGAUGGCGAGAGAGCCUGGCAGAAAGAGAGAGAAGGAACGAUGAGGGGAACACGAGAUGUGGGGAGCGAUGCACAAGGAACAGAAGAGAAAGAGACGAGAAGGAAGAGAGAGAGACGCGCGACGGAAAAAACGGAGAGAGGAGAGACAAGGAAAUAAGAACGUGGUGGACGGAGGAGGCUGCAGAUGCAGAGGAGCCACUGUAAGGACCCGGAGGAGAGUGUACCUGUCUUGUUUUUAUAGGCUUGCCAGAACGUCUGGACCUGGGUACGUGAACGUGGCCGACGACGACGAUGACGAUGAUGAGGACGAUGACGAUAAAGACGAGGACGAAGACGAAGAGAAGGCGAGGAACAAAGUGGGAGAAGGAAGGACGGCUGAGGAGUGGUGAGCGGUGGGUAAGGAAGGUGGCAGCCGGAGGAUAGGCGGCGGGAGGAGGGUAACGGAGCCCGCCAGGGCCUUACGACUCCGCCAACCAGUCCUGGAAGAACCGUGGGCCCUACCGGAGCCGUGCCACGCGCGCGCGUACCAUAUCCGCCGCGGUGACUUUUCGUCGUCCACGAGAUUUUUCUCACCGUUGAAGGCGAUAAUCUUGGGGGUCGCUGAACCCGCACACCUUCUCUCUCUUUCUCCCUCGCACUCUUUGUCACGUUUGCUUUUGUACGCGCGAGCGGGCGAGUGCGCGCGCGUCGUUCCGUCCCGUUAGCGCGCACGUCGCUCGUCCGAAGACGAAUCGUCGAGGAUGAAACCGCCAGGAUCGCAAGGCGAGUCGUGAGAGGAUUGUCGAUUAUCGAACGCGACGAGGAGAGGCGAGUGUGAUAUGGAUGACGUGAGGUAAAUCGGCGGCGACCGAGGACUGGUGGUUUAAAUGGAUCGACGCCGGUUUCGCGAGACGCAGCGGCGUUACAGGUGGAAUUAAAGAGUGGAGGAGGGGGGGCCCACGGGGACCACGUUGAUGGAACGUUAAUCACGCGGCGAAACGAUGCGGGGUAGUCCUGCUUUCUUCGCCAUACUGCUGGGCACGAUAUUCGGUGUCCUCGGCGCGUCGCUGAGCAAGGCGCUCAGGUACAAAGCACCGGACGAGUGCAAGUGGGUGACGACCGGCGACGCCGAGGACGACGUGUCGCUCGUGUGCCGUCUCCGCACUAUCAACAGCGAGCUGGAAAACACCAAUUUCAGCGUGAUACAGCCGCAGCACACGGUGCGCCUGCGGCUGGAAUGCAGCGACGCGCUAUUCUACCAGAGUUCCCUGAGCGCCGGGAGCUUCAGGCCGCUGGUCGAGUUGCGCGAGCUCGUGAUCGAGUACUGCAAGAUCGGCAAUUUAUCGGACGACGCGUUCAAGGGCCUGAGGGAGCUGCGGAAUCUCACCGUGCGGACCCACAACACCGAUUGGUCGGCAAUGGCGCUCGACGUUUCCGCCGGAGCGUUCACCGACGAGCUUCGGCAGCUGGAGAAGCUUGAUCUUGGUGAAAACAAUAUGUGGAACAUACCAGAGGGUGCGCUUUGCCCCCUGGUCAACCUGGAGAUCCUGAAUCUGACGAGAAACCGACUCAGGGACAUUACGAGUUUCCACUUCAACGCCGUGGCGAGAUGCUUGACGAAUCUCAGGGAGCUGGAUCUCAGCAACAACAGCGUCGAGUCGCUGCCGAGCGCGGCGUUUUCCGGUCUGACGAGGUUGCACAGCCUGGACCUGCGGUGCAACGCCAUCGGCUUCAUGGCGGACCGCGCGUUUGAGGGCCUCUCCUCGCUGGCCAUCUUGAGACUCGCCGACAACCGGCUCGCCAGCCUGCCGCCGGAGCUCUUCAGUGACGCCAGGGACAUACAAGAGAUCCACCUGAGGAACAACACGCUGAGUGUUCUGCCGCCCGGGUUGUUCAGUGAGCUGACGCAGUUGCUGGUUCUCGAUCUCUCGCAUAACGAGUUAACGGCAGAAUGGGUGAACGCCGCUACGUUCGGUGGUUUGGUGCGUUUAGUGGUGCUGGAUCUCUCGAGCAAUCGUAUCGCGCGGCUCGAUUCAACCGUUUUCCGCGAUCUCUACAGUCUACAGAUUCUGCGGCUGCAAGAGAACCUACUGGAAACUCUGCCGGAGAACACGUUCUCCGCACUUUACAACUUGCACACGUUGUUGCUCAGCGACAACCAGUUGACCGUCAUAGAUGCCACUACGCUCAGCGGUCUUUAUGUGCUCAGUCUCCUCUCGUUGGACAACAACCGGUUGCACACGAUUCACCCGGGUUCCCUAAGAAACGCUUCGUCCCUACAGGACUUACAUCUUAACGGUAAUCGACUGACAUCAGUGCCGGAUGCGUUGAAAGCCACUCCCCUCCUGCGCACCCUCGACCUCGGCGAGAACCUUAUCUCCGAGAUACCGAGCGGCACCUUCGACCACGUGGCGCAAUUGUACGGGCUUCGCCUGACCGAAAAUCACAUCGGUAAUCUCACGAAGGGCGUCUUCGAUCGUAUCAAGGAGCUGAAGAUCCUGAACCUCUCGCGGAACCGCAUACAGUACAUCGAGCCUGGCACCUUCGACGAGAACCUGAAUCUGCAAGCGAUACGCCUCGACGGCAAUCAGCUGACCGACAUCGCCGGUCUCUUCACCAAUCUACCGAACCUCGUUUGGCUGAACGUCAGCGAUAACAAGCUCAAGUGGUUCGAUUACGCGAUGAUACCGACCGGGUUGCAGUGGCUGGAUAUACAUUCGAACGAAAUCCGCGAGUUAGGCAACUACUUCGAGAUCGAGGCGCAGCUGCAGCUGAGCACCUUCGACGCGAGCGAGAAUAAACUCACCGAGAUCACCGGCAACGCGAUCCCGAUGAGCGUCGAACUGCUGUUCCUCAACGACAACCUCAUCUCCAAGGUGCAGAGCUAUUCGUUCUUCAAGAAGCCGAAUCUGACGCGCGUCGACCUGAAGGGAAACCAGAUACGAAACUUGGAGCCUUACGCGCUUCGUAUCAGCGCGGUACCGCCCGAGAAGCCGCUACCUGAAUUCUACAUCGGUGACAAUCAGUAUCUGUGUGACUGUACGAUGGAAUGGCUGCAGCGCGUCAACCGGCAGAAUCAGACGCGCGUACAGCCGCGCGUGAUGGACCUCGAAAGUAUCUACUGCAAACUCUUGUACGAUCGCGAGCACGCGUUCGUGCCGCUGGUCGAGGCAUCGCACUCGCAGUUCCUCUGCAAGUACGACACCCACUGUUUCGCCCUGUGCCACUGCUGCGACUUUGACGCCUGCGACUGCGAGAUGACGUGUCCGCAAAACUGCACGUGUUACCACGACCAAUCAUGGUCGGCGAACGUGGUGGACUGUUCCAAUGGCGGCCAUGUCAACCGGCUGCCCGAGCAGAUUCCGAUGGACGCCACGCGCCUCUACCUGGACGGCAACGACCUGCGCGUCGUGUCCAGCCACGCGUUCAUCGGCCGCAAGAAGCUCAAGGUGCUGUUCCUGAACUCGUCGAACAUCGAGAUCGUGCAGAACAGGUCAUUCAACGGGCUGCGCGACCUCGAGGACCUGCACCUGCAGGACAACAGGAUACGCGAGCUGCGCGGCCACGAGUUCGAGGGGCUGGAUGCGCUGCACCAGCUGCAUCUGCAACGCAACCACAUCGCCACGAUUGGCAACGACACGUUCGCGCCGCUGCGCUCCCUGCGGGUUCUCCGGCUGCAGAACAACCGUUUGACGACCCUGGCGAUAUGGUCCCUGCCUGGUAGCAUCGAGCUCAGCCUUGCCGGCAAUCCCUGGUCCUGCGAGUGCGAUUACCUGCGCAAUUACCGCGAGUGGACGCGCGACCCGAGCGUUCGCGUCACGGAUGCAUCCGCGUUGCGCUGCGUCUACAACAUCACGGAGUUCGAGACGUUCGGCGACGCGGUGUUCACCGAUGACGAUUUCGGUUUCGCGAUGACGGCGAGUGAUCGCGAACGCGCCGACAACGAGAGCGUGUGCACGGACGCAAUCAGCGUCGACAACGACUCGCACCACAACUACACGAAGACCAUCAUCGAGAAGCAGGUGUUGCAGGAUUACCUGCCGUUAUUGGUGGCGACUCUGGCCAGCUCGCUGGUCGUCAUACUUCUGUGCAUGCUCGCCUUCGUGUUCCGCCAUGAGCUGCGCGUGUGGUUUCACUCGCGCUUCGGCGUGCGGAUAUUUUAUCGGAACCAAGAGGUCGACCGAGACGACCGCGACAAGUUGUUCGACGCCUUCGUCAGCUACAGCUCCAAGGACGAGGCGUUCGUCGCCGAGGAGCUGGCGCCGGUGCUCGAGAUGGGCAAUCCCUCGUACAAACUGUGCCUGCACUAUCGGGACUUUCCGGUCGGCAGCUUCAUAGCCGACACCAUCGUGCAGGCGGUGGAGUCGUCGCGCCGAACGAUAAUGGUGCUGUCGGAGAAUUUCAUCAAAUCCGAGUGGUGUCGCUUCGAUUUCAAGUCGGCGCAUCACCAAGUACUAAGGGACAGAAGGCGCAGAUUGAUCCUCGUGCUGGUCGGCGACGUGCACCAGCGCGAUCUCGAUCCGGACAUACGGUUGUACUUGAAGACCAACACUUAUCUGCAGUGGGGUGACAAGCUCUUCUGGGAGAAGCUGCGGUUCGCGCUGCCGGACGUGCCGAACAAUCAGCGCAGCACGACGCAGAGGACGAGGCAGCCGCCGCCGGUCCGACGGCAGCACAACAACAGAACGUCCAGUGGACCGCGCACCGUGUCCGUCCACAUAUGAUCCGCGCGUGCGAAUUCUCGUCCACGCGCGGUGAGUGAGUGCAGUGAGAUUUCUCGCGUGUCGCGGGAGCGCGAUGACGAACGCCGGGACGGCGCGCCUCCUCCUCGCCAGCAGGAUUCGUACGCCCGCUCGGCCGCGUCCGGACGGUGCAAUACGGCAUUACGGAGCGUGUAAAUAUAAUGAAAGGGCGGAUUUAUAUAAAUGUAUAAAUGGAAGCGUGCGCCGGGCGGAGAUGCCCACGUGUACAUAGACGGUGUGUGACAAGAGUGAGAUGAUAUUUAAAGAAGAUGCUCUCUCGCGGAACGUGCACCUGGCGUGCGUGCCACGCGCGCCUGGCACGUAGGAUCUGUAAAUUGCUGCAGCAACAUCUACAGUGGAUGCUGACGAGGAAGAUACGAGGGGUGUGCAGCUGAAACUCGUUGUAAAUAGAACGUCCGGCCGCGUCGCGAAUUACGACCGGACCGACGCCAUCCGGCCCGCGGAACGUGCGGCGAUUAACGUCAGUUGCAGCGUUGCGUAUACGCGGAAUGCGAAUGUGAGAUCGUGAAAUGAAAGAGAUGCGCGUGCAACCCGUUGCACUUCCGGUGGUCCACCAGCCUGUAGUGCGGCCGUGUGUGUACUUAAAAGUUCGCCGCUCCUGGUUAUUUCGUGUACGUGUGUACGUGCGCCGAGACCAGCCAUUAUUUGUCGACGGUAGUGCAAAUAGCCCCGCAAUCUUGGAUUUCUCGGGAGAGCGAUGCAUUUAAUUUCGGCGAUUGUCUCUCGUGUUCGUGCCUCUACGACAUCAACUCCCAUGAUAAAAAUGUCGCUUGAUAUCUCGAGCCGAGUACCUAGUGCACCUGUCGAGAAGCUCGACUCGACGGUUCAGAUAGCUUGGCUCAAGCCAGCGCGCCAACAGUGAUACCACUUCCUAAUUAUAAUAUAAUUAUGUAUAUUUAAUUGUAUUUUUACGCCGAUUACUCUCUUUCUCUGGUUGAUGACGAGUUUCAUCCAGGAAUACGAGCUUACGAGUGUACCAGCGGCAAGAAGCUGACGCUGCACGGUGAUAACGAAAAAUUUUGGACGUGAACAUUGUAAAGUAUUACUUUAGUCUUUAUUUAUUUCGUCCCGAUGGAGAGACUUUAUAUUAUAUAUGUGCGACUUUUGGGAGCGCUACGUUUUGUAACAAGUGACAGAAAAGUCGGAGACAAUAGUAUAACGAGGUUUGCUUGCCGUCGAUUAAUGAUUAAUUUAAGAGAACGUAAUCUAUAUGCCACGCGAAAUCUCCCUGUUUGAAUUCGACGGUCCUAUUGAUAUCGUGGAAAAUUGAAUCAAUAAACGAAACUUUAAUCGCACAUCUAUAAACACUUCUGUUCUUAUGUACAAACUCGUAUCGAGUUAAAUUGUGCACAUAUAUUUUUUAUGAUAAUGUAUAGGCAAUAUGUUUAUGCAUUUUAUACAUACAAAUGGCUCAAUCAUAUCUUACUAUGGUUAAAAUCUUCAACAUUAUUACGAGUCUCGGUGGACUAAAGGAUAAAACAAACUUUACGUAACGUAUCUUAUAUCCGAAAUGCGACAGUCGAAUUCAAAGUGCGCGUUAUGUGCAAGGAAACUGAAGUGCUGCUACAAAUAUUCGAGAUGUAAUGUACAAACGUGGAGUCGUCCUCCUUAGCUUUCCUCGCAAGCGGUUAUCACGUUUCGCAAAAUGUUCGACAACGAAAAAGAUAUUAUUUUAGAAUAAAAACUCUAUGACUGAAUAAUAAAAUAUUCUAUUUUUAUGUU